AUGAUGGAGAACGAAGUGAAAUGUAGUCUAAUCUUCGAACCAGUGGUGAUGAAGUUAGUGGCUGAGGGAUGGAAUUGUUCACUAUGGAAACAAAGAAUGGUAGCCGAGAAUUUCACCCAAGACGAGCUGGGGGUGAUCGGCGAGUAUUUGUGCAAUCAUCGAAAUUUGACCGAAGAUGACGAUCUCUAUUGUGCCGUUGAUGAGAGCAGCUAUUCAUUAGCGUUUCAAGGGAUUGUUUGGGCGGCGUUCAUUCUGUUGAUUCUGGCGGCAGUGGUAGGCAAUGUUUGCGUGAUGUGGAUUAUCUAUUCGCACAAGGUGAUGCACCACGGGUUCAACUAUUUUCUCUUCAAUAUGGCGCUUGCUGAUUUGCUGAUCGCUGUGUUCAACGUCGGUUCGUCGUGGAGCUUCAAUUUGUAUUAUGAUUGGUGGUACGGGAACUUUUGUACGGUCAAUCAAUUCUUUGGGGUAGCGCCCACUUGCGUGAGUGUCUUCUCAAUGAUGGCUCUUAGUUGGGACAGGUGCCAAGCCGUGGUGAAUCCUCUCCGAAAAAGGCCACUCUCUACAAAACGUACCGUCAUAACCAUUUUGUUUAUCUGGUUGAUUUCCUCGUUAUUGGCCCUUCCAAUAACCCUUUCUGCAACAGUGAUUUCGGUGCCGGUUUUCUACAUGAAACCGCGAAAGAUGUCAUUUCGUCGAAUUUGUCACGCUGAUUAUCCUGUGGCGCCAAUUAACAUUCUUGGAGCAUCGAUUGAAAAUCCCUACGAGAACGCGUUGUUCAUCGUGCAAUAUGCAAUCCCAUUAUGCCUCCUUUCGUUCACUUUUGCUCGAAUCGCUCUCGCAUUUCGACGCUCUGACAACACAGUGGCUACACAAAAUUCAAAAAGAAGCGAUCAGAUCAAAGCAAAAAGCAAAGCUGUGAAAAUGCUUGCAUUAAUGGUGGCAACCUUCAUGAUUUGUUGGGCACCUUACCAUUUCUAUCACACAUUUUUAUCGCUCAACAUUUUCUCCGAGGAUUUAAGGAAUUUCUUCCACGCUAGCUAUGUUGGAGUGUAUUGGUUGGCGAUGAGCAGUUGUGCCUAUAAUCCGAUUAUUUAUUGCUAUGCGAAUGCAAGAUUUCGAAUCGGUUUUCGAUACGCUUUUCGAUGGUUGCCUUUCAUUGAUUUUCGUUCCGAAGAAUACGAGUUGUCACAGCUUUUCCCUGAACGGCUCAGAAGCAUGGCAUUCAGUAAAAUGGAGAAAUCAAGUCGCAGCAAGAAUAGCAAUGGAAUGACCGAGAUGAAUAAUCGAAAACGAUCUCGCCUGUGCAUGCGAUUGUUGACCCAUGGUGGUGCGACGACAACCACAACAUACACAAAUCCCUCAUCUCCUCAUCUUGAUCGACAACUCUCAUCGCUUCUUCCCUAUCAAGACAAACCCUCUCCGCCGGAUAUUGUCCACUCUCUUCUAUGCGACGGGGAAGAAUUGGAGGAGGACGACAGUCCCAACGAAGACUCCCUCCAAAAAGAGCACUCUCGACUGUUGAACGAAUUCAAUCGG